AUCUGGUCGGCCUUCUGCAGCAUUGCAACAACAUCACUCUGGAUGGCACGCAACGGAAACGUUCAUCGGCAGGAACUGGUUACAGUGCACCAAGGAAAGACACAAAUCUGGAAGAUCACGUUACGUCAACUUCAGGCAGUAACCCACCGAGAUUCCAGGAGUACCGAA